UACAAUCACGGACUGUUGAUCUGAAGUGCUUGAAUCGCGCUUUCACAAUUCACUUCCUCUGAACCUGCGAAGCUCUUCCAUACUCACCCCUCUCGCGGCCGAUGGGCCUCCCCCGCAGCUUCAAGCUCUUCCGCACCACCAUGAGCGGAGAAAAGAUCUACGAAGGCGUAUUCGCCGUCCACAAACCCCAAGGCGUGACCUCCGCGGACGUGAUCCGCACGCUCCAGAAACACUUCAACCCGUCGGCGCUCUUCCAGCCGUGGCUGGCGCACGAGCGCGCGCGGCGCGACCGGGAGAACCAAUUCCAGCGGCGGCGGCGGCGCACGCAGCGCCUGGACCUGAAGAUCGGGCACGGGGGCACGCUGGACCCGCUGGCGACGGGGGUGCUGGUGGCGGGCGUCGGCAAGGGCACCAAGUACCUCAACAACUUCCUGGGGUGCACCAAGACCUACGAGACGGUGGUGCUGUUCGGCGCCGAGACCGACACCUACGACGUCCUGGGCAAGGUGGUGCGGCGCGCCCCCUACGAGCACGUCACCCGCGACGCGGUCGAGCGCGCCCUCGACCAGUUCCGCGGCAAGAUCAUGCAGCGGCCCCCCAUCUUCAGUGCGUUGCGGGUGCAGGGGAAGCGGCUGUAUGAGUAUGCGCGGGAGGGGGUCGAGCCGCCCGUCGAGAUCAAGGCGAGGCCCGUCGAGGUUUUGGAUUUGAGGGUCGUCGAGUGGUUCGAGCCGGGGACGCACGGGUACAAGUGGCCUGAGGUGGAGGCCGUGGGGGAGGAGAGGGAGGUUGCCGAGCGCAUGCUGAGGAAGGAGGAUGCUUUGUCGGUUGGGGAGGGUGGGGAGGCUGCUGAGGAGGGGAAGGUGGAGGCGGAGGCGGAGGUGGAGGGGUCGGCGAAGCGGAAGGCUGAGGCUGAGGCUGAGGCUCCCAAAGUUGAGGAGGGAAGUGGCCCCGCGGCUGGCGCGGAAGAGUCCGAGGAGGCCCCCGCUGCCAAGAAGGUCAAGGUGUCUGAGGACGGUGACAGCGUUCCUGCACAGUCUGGGGAGGCCGCCGCGGCGGAGUCGUCAAGCGUCCCGGAAGCAACCGAGAAGAAGGAGGAGGCACCCGCUCGGCCCCAGCCCGCCGCUGUGAAGAUCACCAUGACCGUCUCGUCCGGCUUCUAUGUUCGCUCCUUGGCGCACGACCUGGGCAAGGCCGUCGGCAGCUGCGGACUGAUGAGCUCCCUGGUCCGCUCUCGUCAGGCCGACUUCGUGCUCGAGCCCGAGAAGGUGCUCGAGUACAAGGACCUCGAGGCCGGCGAGGAGGUCUGGGGCCCUAAGGUGCAGCAGUUCCUGCAAGAAUGGGAGGACAAGAGAGCCGCUGAAAAUGAGGACGAGGGAAAGAACUAAUUCAUUCUAUCUGUAAUUGAUCUGGGUUGGGCGUUUUAAUGAAAAGGGUGGAUGGUUUGCUUCAUUUCUAAACCUCAGUUGAGUUGUAGAUAAUACAUUCCGCGGAAAGCAGGACUAAACGUCCAUAGACGAGAGGACCA